UGUGAUUUGGUCUCCUCCACAGGGGCAGCGCAGUCUCACUCUGGAGCGGCUUCCUCGCCUCCUCGCGUCGCGCAGUGUACCUUUAAAAGGUUGAACCCGCCGGCCUCGGGUCUGCGAGCACUGGAUUGCUUACCCCCUUGGCUCGGCUGUGUGUACCUUCGAGCAGUGACAUGGCAUAGAGGCGCUGGGCUGUCAGCAGCAGCAGCAGCAGCAGCAUCCUGCAACCCGCAACCCUGCACCGUGGUCGCUCUCCGACAGGCGAAGCGGAGCGGAGCCUGCGCGGCGCCGGGCACGAUGAUCCCCGUCUGGAUUUUACUGAACACGGUGUCAGGGCUGAAGGCAGAGCACGACGGAAUGGAAGAACUUGCCACCGAGAAGGAGGCUGAGGAAAGUCACCGACAGGACAGCGUUAAUUUGCUGACAUUCAUUUUACUGCUGACCUUAACCAUUCUCACCAUCUGGCUCUUCAAGCAUAGACGGGUCCGCUUCCUUCACGAGACCGGGCUGGCAAUGAUUUACGGUUUGCUGGUAGGUGUGAUUCUGCGGUACGGCAUCCCUGCCACCAGCUACCACAACAAGACACCCCCGAGCUGCUCUAUGAAGGAAGGACCUGCUAGCACCCUGCUGCUUAAUGUCAGUGGCAAGUUCUUUGAGUACACCCUCAAAGGGGAGAUCAACUCCCGGGAGAUUCACAAUGUGGAGCAGAAUGAUAUGCUGCGCAAGGUGACAUUUGACCCUGAAGUUUUUUUCAACAUAUUGCUGCCUCCUAUUAUUUUCCAUGCCGGCUACAGUCUAAAGAAGAGACACUUCUUCAGGAAUCUGGGCUCUAUCAUAACAUAUGCGUUUCUUGGCACUGCCGUCUCAUGUUUUGUUAUCGGGAAUCUGAUGUACGGUGUGGUCAAGCUGAUGCAAGUGGUCGGACAGCUGACUGACAAGUUCUACUACACUGACUGCCUUUUCUUUGGUGCUAUCAUCUCUGCCACAGACCCAGUGACAGUGUUGGCCAUUUUCAAUGAACUCCAUGCAGAUGGGGAUCUCUACGCUCUGCUGUUUGGAGAAAGCGUUAUGAAUGACGCAGUUGCCAUUGUGCUUUCCUCGUCUAUUGUGGCUUACCAGCCUAGUGGAGCAAACACACACAUGUUUGAUGCCUCAGCCUUUUUCAAGUCGGUUGGGGUUUUCCUGGGUAUUUUCAGCGGCUCCUUUGUAAUGGGUGCAGCUACAGGAGUCGUCACUGCUCUCGUCACCAAGUUCACCAAGCUGCACUGCUUUCCACUGCUGGAGACGGCCCUCUUUUUCCUCAUGUCCUGGAGCACCUUCCUGCUAGCCGAGGCCUGCGGCUUCACAGGCGUCGUGGCCGUACUGUUCUGUGGCAUCACGCAGGCUCACUACACCUACAACAACCUCUCUGAAGAGUCCACAAAGCGCACCAAGCAGCUCUUUGAGGUCCUUCACUUCCUAGCCGAGAAUUUCAUCUUCUCCUAUAUGGGCUUGGCUCUGUUCACCUUCCAGAAUCAUAUUUUCAGCCCCAUUUUCAUCUUAGGGGCUUUUAUUGCCAUAUUCAUCGGAAGAGCUUUCAACAUUUACCCACUCUCCUUCCUCCUCAACCUCGGCCGAAGGCACAAGAUCAAGGGAAACUUCCAGCAUAUGAUGAUGUUUGCAGGUCUGCGGGGCGCAAUGGCAUUCGCCUUGGCCAUCCGGGAUACGGCCACCUACGCCCGGCAGAUGAUGUUCACCACUACGUUGCUCAUUGUCUUCUUCACUGUCUGGGUGUUUGGUGGUGGAACCACGCCCAUGCUGUCCUGGCUACACAUCAGAUUUGGGGUCAGCAAAGUGCUGCCGGAACAGCGACGUCAACACGGAAAGUGGGAGUACUUCAGGGUCGGUGUGGACCCAGAUCAAGACCUGCAGCCCUGUGGAGACAGCUUCCAGGUCUUACAGGGGGAUGGCCCUCAGGCUGAAGGACAGAGUAAAACCAAACAGGAGAGCGCGUGGCUCUUCAGACUGUGGUACACCUUUGAUCACAACUACCUGAAGCCCAUCCUGACACACAGCGGUCCGCCUCUCACCACCACUCUCCCCACUUACUGUGGGCCACUGGCGAGCUGUCUGACCAGCCCCCAGGCAUACGAGAACCACGAGCAGCUGAUGGACCAUGACGCCGAUCUCAUCCGUAACGACGGCGACCUGACCUACACGUUCGGGGACACUGCCAUCACAGCCAACGGUGCGUCUGGCAGCGGGGGGGAUGGUGCUGGAGGGUCAGGCUGGAGCGCCAAUGGAAAAAGGAACGGCAGCACCUCAGAGGAGGCGUUGGAGCGUGAGCUGGACUCCCGCGAGCAGGAGCUGCUGAGCCGUGGUACACGCCUGGUUUUCCCUAUUGAGGAUCAUGUCUGACCCUCUCUUCCUCCCAGACCGCGCCCUCCACCUCCCUGACCUCACCCCCAGACUGCCUCGCCCCCAGCUCUCUCCACAUCUUGUGGGCAGAGCGUCCAGUCCUUCAGAGAUAAGACAAAGUGGAAAUAUGGGAGUAGACAAGAGGGAGGGGUUCAGAGUGACUCUGAGCUCCUUCCAGGCCUGGGAGUAGAGCUCAAGGAUCAUUUCAUCCUCAUAACAGAGAUGGAGUUUAUUCUCCAGGAGACAUGUGUCCUCAAGAGUGUCAGAAGAGAAAUUCUCAGUGCUGUUAUACUGUGAUUCAGUUUUACUGAUGGUUUCCUCUGCAUGAACAGGAGGGAAACCUUUGUGCAGGACGUGGGGAUGAAAUAUCCGCGUGCAAGAUUGAAUCUGCCCUUUUCAACAUGUGACAUCUUGUGUGUUCAGCUGGAGUGGAAAAGAGGUAGAAAAAUGAAAUAUUGCCAAGCAGCAUUCUCUCAACAUAUGAAUUGACAAGUUUGUCUUCACAGUACAUCAUGUCAGCACUGACAAAAUGCCAAGUGGCUUCUUUGUAGCCACACCCCAUAUAAAUGCUGCAAGGAGGCUACGCAAACCAGAAGUUACGUUUAUAGAUCAAACAGUAGUUCUCUGGUAAAUGCAGUUAAUCCCCAUGCGGGAAGUAGCCCAGCGUUUCGUAUGUUUGUGAAGAUGUCCUUGGUUUCACACAAAAGCAUAUGUGUAGAGGAGGUUGUGGCAUGUGAGGAGCACAGAAAGGGACAGUGAUUGUGUUGCCCUCUCAGCCACCAUAGCCUGUCAUGGGUGAAGUUACAGGUGAACAAUGUGAGCAUGUAAAUAGCUACAAAUCUUUGUAGUGGGACUGCUCCUUUCAACACAUUGCAUCAAUUGAAUGUUUAGCAUCUGUGUACCUUGUAUUUGAGUUGGCCUGGAUUUUUUUUGUGUAGUCGACUGGUUGUCACAACAAUAACGUGAAAAAGGAAAGGAAGUGUUUUGAUGCUAAUUAUAUUUUUUCCUAUGAAACAAUGCUGAUUUCCCCAAAUUUUGAAAAACUGACAUGAGAUAUACACUCUAAUACAUCUGAAGAGCAGUUUCAACACUAGGAAAUAAAGGACAGGUUUUCAUUAUAAUUUUAAAUCCUUUGAAAAAGUAUAUAUUUGUCUACUGAUUUGUAAAAGGUAUAUACAUACAUCCAAGUAGGGCUGCAAAUUAUUUUCAUUGACAAUUAAUCUGCUGAUGAUUUUUGCAAUUUACUGAUUAGCCGUUUAGUCAAGUUUAUAAAAAGUCAAAAAAUAGUGAAAAGGUGAUAUCUAAGGUGAUAUCUUAAAAUUGCUUGUCUUUUCUGACCAACAGUCCAAAUCCCCAAAAAUAUUCAGGUAACUAUCAUAUAUGAAAAAGAACAGCAGCAAAGUCACACACUGGAGAAGCUGGAACCAGUGAAUGUUUGAGAUUUUUGCUUGAAAAAUAAUAAUAAUAAAUAAUAAUAACGAUAAUAAAAUUUCAAUUAAUUGACUAAAUUAAGGCAAUACAUUACGGCUAAGCACUUAAAAUUCCAUAGAAAAAAAACACUGAUACCAAACACUGACAACCAGAAAUUAGUAGAGGAAGAGCUUGCACAUAAUUUCACCAAGCAGUACUCGCCCUUUGCCUUCAUGAACAGUGUGUAUAAUCAUAAACAACAGUGUCUGUGGGCUAUUUCCCCCAUUAUGUUGUUGAAAAUGUUAGCACUUAAAGACUGAGUUCCCAUUUGUCAGCAUACAUUUUUAUUUAGUAAAAAGAUCACAACAGUAGACAGACGCAACAUAUUUGAGCAUAUUUUGGAUUUGAUUAUGUGAAAGCAAUAAUUUUGACAUUUUGGGAAAUAGCUUCAUUCGAUUUGCUUCAGAUACGCUUCAAUUUUCAAAAUUGAUGCGACUCUAAUGUCUGUCUGUUUAACGUGAAGAUAGAACCAGAAGCUGGUUAGCUUAGCUUAGC